AAUAACCCAUGUGAGAUGGAGCAUGUACAAUCCCAUGUACAGGAAUCCAAUUGUAUCCAAAGAGGACCUUGAAGAGCCCCUUCCUAAGGAAGAUGAGAGAAACUACCUACCAAUUAGAGCAGCUAAAAAUGAAGAUAAUAUCUUUCCACAUUACGACUCCAAAGUGACAAAAUUCACCAAUAUGAUCAUGAAACAUAGCAACAAGUCACUAACCAGACAGCUGAUACUGAGGACAUUCACACAAAUAAAGAGAACACAACUAGCCAAAUACCAUGCAGCACCAGAUGAUAUGAGAAGCAGUGUGGAGUGCAACCCAGUCACAAUCUUUCACAUGGCUAUCGAAAACUGCAAGCCUCUACUAGUCUUACAGUCUGUGAAGAGAGGUGCUGUGACAUACCAGGUACCCAUUCCUGUGAGGGAGAAGGAGAGAGAGUUCCUAGCUAUGCAGUGGCUGAGAGAGGUGUGUCGGGAUAAGCACCGGACCGUUCACAUGGACAUUAGACUCGCACAGGAACUAAUCGAUGCAUCAGAGAACACGGGGAUGACAGUGAAGAGGAAGCAGGAUCUUCAUAGACAGGCAGAAGCAAAUCGUGCGUACGCUCACAUGCGCCUUGGCAGAUAGACACAAAUGGAGCAUUUCUGCAGAUGGCGCUAGUAGUUAACUAAUGUCAAAGGUGCUGACAGGCCGAUACUGUAACAGCUUUGAUCCAGUAACACCCAGAAAAUCUAUAUCAUUGGGAAUUUGGGUAACAGUAGAAUAACUGCACUGCCAUAGAUAACUCAUCUAUAAAGUUUUCCCAUUGCUUGAAAAUUUUUCAGUAUACCGUGGUUUGUAAGUGCAUUGUUCUGUUAAUCUGUCUUCUUUGUUUGUGCCUCGAUACGUAUUCUGAAACUGGGCUUCAACCCUUUUUCAAAUAUAUUAUCAGGAGUGUCAUAAUAUAGAGGAAUUAAUAUAUGAUGAAA